AUAUUCAACAAUAUGUUUACUAAUUUAAAAAAAAAAAAAAAAGAAAAGACAAAACGACGUAGUUUUGGACCCAAAAGGUGGACCUGGGUCCACAGCAGCGUGGGCUGGCUUGCCAGCUGUUUGGGCGGGAUGGGCCUAGCUAUUGGCGGCUCGCGGGCUUUGUACUGCCUUGCCGGCCCGUAUGUUCACAAAAAUUAGUUAAUCUCGAGACGAAUUAAUGUAGGGGACAACCUAUAUCUAUGAAGCAUUGUUGAGGCCAUUUGUUGCAAAACAUGAAGGGGACAUUGACAGGAGAUUCUGGGAAUUUAGAGCCAAAGCAUGGGACUUGGCCAUCUAUUACUGGCACAACUGCACAGAGUUAGGACAGGCAAAGAUCCUUGACAUGGUCGAGCUCAUGGCUUCUCCCUCUAGGAAGGGCACCCAAAAAAGCUCCGAGAAGGACAAACACAACCGUCAUAGCGGCGCACCGCCGCCGCCGCCGCCACCUGCCCCUCCUAGCUCAUCUUCCGGCUUUUUCAAGAAGAAGUCAUCCGACAAGCGGCGGACGUCGCCACCACCUUCACCGUUUUCAACUUACCGAUCAGUUUCACAGCCGACUAAGUCAAAUUUGGUCGAGGUUCAACUUCAGGAUCAAACACAAGUUGUAUAUCCCGUCGAAAAUUAUAUGGUAGAUUCAGAGAGUGUAUCUAGCAAUGAAGAUCGUUCGCGUGGUUGGAUAUCGAGAUUUAGCCGUUCCAGAGGCCGUGGUUAGAUUUAGAAUAUGCAGAAAAUUUGUGAAAUGUGUAAAAAGCGAAAUUAGUUGUAAUCGAAACUCGGAUUUAUUUAUUUAAUUUAUUAUUAACAUUGAUUGAUUUUUCAGCUCCAA